AUGUCUCUAUCAUCCGACUUUCAAACUACAUUGCCUACUUUAUAUGAAUAUUAUACUGCUGGUGGUAUUCAAUCAGGACUGAAUGCAGAUCAAAAUUACUUUACUCUAAAUGGAAAAAAUAUCACUCUAUACUCCGGUGCAAUGCAUUACUUUAGAACGCCAAAGAAACUUUGGCGGGACAGAUUGAGAAAAAUGAGAGCUGCUGGUCUUAAUGCUGUGGAAACUUAUGUGUCUUGGAAUUUACAUGAGUCUCUUCCAGGGCAAUUUGACUUUGGGCAUGGUGGUACCGAUAUGGAAGAAUUCCUGGAUAUAGAAACUUUUUUGAAAAUAGCCCAAGAAGAGGAUCUAUUAGCUAUUUUAAGACCGGGUCCUUAUAUCUGUGCUGAAUGGGAAUUUGGAGGUUUUCCAAGUUGGUUACUGAGAGAAAAAGAUAUCAAAUUUCGUACGUCAGACGAAAAAUACAUGGAACCAGUCAAACGGUUUUUCAAUGCACUCCUUCCUUUGUUAGCAGCACUCCAAUUUAUAAACGGUGGUCCCGUAAUAGCAUUUCAAGUAGAAAACGAAUACGGCAGUACACCAUACGGAAAUUUCACUGCUGACAAAGAAUACCUUAGAGAACUUCGUCAAAUUUAUUUGGACAAUAAUAUAACAGAAUUAUUAACGACGGCAGAUGGAGUGGUCAAGUUUUACGAUAACGGUACUAUACCGGAAUUGUUUUUGGUAACGGCGAACUUUGACUCUAAUCCGAAAGCUUCGUUCGACACUCUAGAACGUAUGCAAGCAAAUCAUCCAAAAAUGGCAAUGGAGUAUUAUCCAGGCUGGUUCGAUCAUUGGGGAACAGACCACGAAACCAGGCCAGUUUCAACUUUACUAUGGAAUUUGUUUCAAAUUAUUAUCUACCCGGGAUCUUUUAACAUUUAUAUGUUCCACGGUGGAACUAGUUUUGGGUUUAUGAAUGGAGCAAAUGUGGAUAAUAAUGAACCGGAUAAUAGUGGAUUUUUACCAGAAGCUGGCGAUUACACAAUUAAAUAUAAAUUAAUCAAAUUUUUACUCACAAAGUUUGCAUCUCCAAAAACUAGGUUGCCAGAAGAACCGGAACUGAUUACAAGAGUAGCUUAUCCUAAAGUUUCCAUUGUAGAACAUAUACCAUUGAGUUCAUUAGUUAAUUCUCAUUUUAUUAAGCUAGAAUACGAAAAUCCAAUUGCAAUGGAGCUUUUGGAUAUUAAUAAUAAUACAGGCCAAAGUUACGGGUAUAUCACUUACCGAAAAGAAAACCUUAAUUUAUCAGCUAAUGCUACUUUGACUAUAAGCGGUCAUGUUUGUGAUUCAGUAUUGGUUUUUGUUAAUGGAGAACAAAUAACGCGGCCUCUGAAAAGUGCUGACGAUUUAAGCAAUUUUGGUUUUUAUAAACUGGAAAAUUCUCAAAUAGUUCUUACCGAUGUUGCCUUGUACAAUGCUAGCAUCGACUUGGUGGUUGAAAAUUGGGGUAGAGUAAACUAUGGCAAACUGACUCAAUAUUAUCAGUUUAAAGGCCUCUGGCAAGGAGAUAUAUUAAUCAAUGAUGCGCCAAUUAAAAAUUGGCAACACAUUCCAUUGGAGUUUAAAACAUUUUGGACAUUAAAUCUGCAAGGUUGGCGAAAAUAUGAAGGUUCUACCAAAGCUGGAUUAUAUAGAGGAUUUAUUGAAAUUGGUUCACCGACAGAUACUUACAUAGACAUGAGAUCUUGGACCAAAGGCAUAGUAAUUGUAAAUGGAUUUGUUUUGGGAAGAUUCGCGAGAAUUGGACCUCAACAAUGUCUGUAUUGGCCUUGGCCGUUGAUGAAACAAGGCAGAAAUCAGAUUGUUAUAUUUGAACAUUACGAAGCAUCUGAUAACAUUGUGUUCACUAGAGAGCAAAUUUAUGCUAACAAUAGUGGUAAAAAAAACUAUGAGAAAAAUUAUUGA